CCACCACUUUCUUCUUUUUGCUCUCCUCACCCAUUGUACUCCAUCAUUGCUCCCUCCCACCGGAUAUGCAAAGCUCCCCAUCACUCGCUGAUCCCCUCGCAAUCCUCCCUCCAGAGCUGGUCCUGCGCGUCCUUGAGUUCGCCUCGUUGCCCACAGUUGCUGCCCUCACCGCAGUCUCCAAGGCCUGGCACCAAUUCAUCGACCUCACCCACCAGGAUGCCAUCUACUCAGUGCUCUCCAAGUCAGCCGAACCCGCUGCUCCGACAUUCUCCCGAUGGUUCGACGAAACCACCUCAUGCAAGGCUGUGUGUGAACGGCAAACACGGCUUGCUCGCAAUUGGGACUCCCCGCACCCCGUGAGCCGCGAACGAAUCUUGCAAGUCGGCAACGACCCCGUUUGGCGGUUCCGCGCGGAUUUGAAGAGAAGAUUCAUCGUGUCGACCUCUCACGCAGGCGGCCUGAACGUGACGGAUAUCGACACCGGCCGCAUCUUAUGGCGACUGCCCUCCACGCUGGAUACGGAUAACGAGCAUGCUGUACGCCCUUAUGCGCACCUUGAAUACCAGGAUGGAAUGGUGGUGUUUGACAGGGAAGGCGACGCGGUUGAGGUCUGGCAGGCCGAUCUGGAAGAUGCCCCCCGCGGGGAGUUCCGCCGCAUUGCUAUUCUGGACCACGAUUGCCAGACAAGGGGUUUCCAGCUAUCAUAUUGGACACUCUGCGUGGUGUCGACGCAGGGACAAGGGUUUGUGUAUGAUAUGACAAAGCGUCCUCCGACGAGAACAACUCAUCUCCAUAUUGAAAAUGACGCGGUUGGCCAUCUAGACCAGAGCCGGGACGCUGUAAUGUACUCUAUGGGACCGCGAGGGUACCAUGUAUAUGACAAGAAGUCGGCUGAAUUCAUGGGCGCACUGCGGCCAUCGCAAUGCACGGAAGUGUACCAUAUCCGCCCUCCCAAGGGCAGCUCCGUUUCGGCGAGCGCGAGGUUAAUGGGCCUUGCACAACACGACCCACUGCGUCAGUAUUCGUCGCCAGGACCGGCGACAAAAGACCAUAUGGUACCCAUAAAACUGGAGAAAGGCCCACUACCACCACCAGAUGACACAGACCACGUUCGACAUGGCGAGGAUGAAUGGGGCGCGGGCAUGUUGAAUGGCGACCUGUUUGUUGGUGUUUCUCGCGCUGGUCGCGUUUUUGUCUGCUCGGACUGGCGCAAAGCUCUCCACGACGAAGCAAGCCUCGCCGCAUGCAGCGCAGUUAUCGAAUGCGAAUCGGACGGAUCAACCUUCGAUUUGGGUGGGUGGCUCUCAGUCCGCAAUCAUCGUCUGAUGUUUGAAAUCCAGGACCGGGCUUAUGUUGUCGCACUUGAUGAUAACAACCGUAUCCAAAACGUCGAUUCUCCAGAACGUGCAUCGUUCUCAUUUCUUACGUGCUCUACACCGCAACUAGCCGUUCCAAUCAGUUUUAUGGCCCUGUACGGUGAUGCGAUCAUGACCACCUACACGACACUUGGCCGACGCCAACCCCCGCCAAACGUUCCGGGUGCCGCACCACCUGACCACCACGAAGGCCCUGCGCGCAUCUUCCCAACGAAAACAAUUCGAAUACUCAGCAUGGCGCCUGAUAGCCCCGCCGUAAAUGCAGCACCAGGGCCAUCCUCUGCCAACGGAGGGAUUUGGGACACGGAUCAAAGUCCGCCCCCAGCUGAUGAGAUCGUUCGUUCUCAGGCCUUGCUGCAGCUGCUCAGCAUGCUCCGGGACGAGUAUGGCGACGAAGAAGAUGACCGUUCGGAUGAUAUGUGGGAGGAUGUGGACGAAGAGUAGGAAUGAGAGUGCUCCCCAGCUUCGUCGUUGUAUUUGCAGGCGUCGUUGUAUGCAUAAAUUACUACUAACCCCUCCCAAGCGCAAGACGACGGUUUACGAUCGCAGAUCUGCAGCAGGCGAGACUGCCUUUUCAAAGGCAGUAUAUCCCGAAGUCUCUUAUGGACGGACCACCAUACGGGUAUGACCAGGACAAAUCGAAUCGUCUUUUCAACCACCUGCUUCAGACCCGGGCCAGGUCUUUUAGGACAUCAGACCCCAUUGUUCGCCAAAGGCCAUAAUAGUAUAGAGGUAACAACCGGGAUCACCGAAAUAGUCACUAACAUGCUCGAUGUAGUACUGUGGAUCAUUCAGCUAGUUCCAGAAUGAUGGAAAACACUUCUGUUGUCCUAAAAAAAAAAAAAAAAAAAAUCUCACACUC